UUUGGCCUGUAGUUGACAUACAUGCAGUAUCCGCUCCAAACCAUCAGAUGUCAGCCUCGCUUCAUUGCGCUCUUUGAACUGGAGAGCGCUGAAUGAUCCGCGGAUGUUUUUAAUUAGACGGAGGUUACCUAGCAGUGUAAUUCAAUCCCGUUUACCUGUGACAUACACCAAGUUAGAAAUUACGCCAACCUAAAGACCUGAUCCGUUGAAUUUGAGUACUGUCGGGUAAUUUCCUUUGUCGAAACAAACGAUGUCAGACAGCUGCGGGCGGAAUCCUCCUCCUUUCCCUGAUAAUGAAGACCAGGAGGCUGAAUUAGACAACCGAGUCCCGGACAGCGAUGAUGAUGAUGAUGAAGGGGAGGACAUAUUCACCGGAGCCAGAAGUAAACCGAUAACACCCUCGUCUGCUGCUGAUGAAGACCCUGAGGUUGAUAUCUUCAGUGAGGAGGGCUCUUACAUCAGGAGAGAUGUUCAUCACACCACUAAUGGCCUUCACUCUGAUGAAGAGCUGGAUCUGUUCACUGAGGCCACUGUAGAACUGACACUCACCAACACCACUAGUCAAGGGAGGAGAGAGAUUAUUGGCCCGACUGCAUCGGCUUCCAACCCCACAUAUAUUCCUAAUUCCAUACACAAAUCUAGCAUUGUCACCAAGACCAUGGAGGAGUUGGAGGAGGAAGAGGGUGGAGAUCAGUUUGAGCUGAACAUUGCAGUCACCAACCCAGAGAAAAUGGGAGAUGGCAUGAACGCCUACAUGUCUUACAAAGUGUCGACUCAGACUACACUGCCCAUGUUUCAUAAUAAGACAUUCACUGUGCGUCGGCGGUUCAGUGAUUUUCUGGGUCUGUAUGAGAAGCUGUCAGCCAAACACUCCCUGCUGGGCUGCAUCAUCCCAUCUCCACCUCAGAAGAGUGUAGUGGGGAUGACUAAAGUGAAAGUAGGGAAGGAGGAUUCAUCAUCAGCAGAGUUUGUGGAGAAGAGACGAGCAGCACUGGAGAGGUAUCUGCAAAGGGUAGUGGCCCAUCCGUCUCUGCUGCAGGACCCUGAUGUCCGGGAGUUUUUAGAGAGAGACGAGUUGCCCAGGGCGGUGAAUACUCAGACUUUGAGUGGACCUGGCCUACUAAAGAUGAUAAACAGAGCAUCAGAUGCAGUGAAUAAGAUGACCAUUAAAAUAAAUGAAUCAAAUAAUUGGUUUGAGAGUAAGUUACAGGAGCUGGAGAGUGAGGAGCAGUUGUUGAGGAGACUCCACGCUGCUGUUGACUCAUUAGUAAACCACAGGAAAGAGUUGUGUAGUAAUACAGCAGUGUUCAGUAAGACUGUGGCAAUGCUGGGCAGUGUGGAGGAGAACUCUGCGCUGUCUCGUGCGCUGUCACAGCUGGCAGAGGUGGAGGACAAGAUGGAGCAGCUUCAUCAGCAGCAGGCCUUUAGUGAUUUCUUCAUCCUUGCAGAGCUGCUGGCCGACUACGUCAGACUGCUGGGGGCUGUGAGGGUUAGAGUACAACCACCAGCUUUUGGGCUUUGGUGCUGUUUCGAGCAGAGGAUGAAGGUCUGGCAGCGUCUGCAGGAAGCUCAGAGCACACUGCAGAAGAAACGAGAGGCAGAGGCCAAACUGCUCUGGGCAAACAAACCUGACAAGCUGCAGCAGGCUAAAGACGACAUCAAUGAGUGGGAGUCUAAAGUCAGUCAGUAUGAGAGAGAUUUUGAAAGAGUCACCUGUACAGUGCGCAAAGAAGUGCUGAGGUUUGAGAAAGACAAAACCAGAGAUUUCAAACAGCACAUAGUGAAAUACCUGGAGUCCCUGCUUCACAAACAGCAUCGGGUAAGUGUAAGUGUGUGUGUAUUGCAUAUAUCGAAUACGCUUUCGUUAAUUGUUAUUUAUAUUCAUCCAGCUGGUGAAGUGCUGGGAGGCCUUCCUGCCAGAGGCAAAAGCCAUCGCCUAAUCAGAGUGUUACCUCACACACUCCUAACCUUUGACCUUGACAACAGACAAUCAACAUUUCUCCCUUCCUCUUUCCUUUGCUCUCUCUGUUUGUCAAAUAACAUGUAAUUAAUACCUUUCGAUGAGGAUGAAUCUCUAGUUUGUGAUGGUAAUCCUGUGCAGUGACCCAUGUCACUGCUGACAAUUGAAAGUUGAGUGGAAAGGUUAAAGGUCAGAGCAGCUUGAAGCAGGUACAGCAGUGUGUGGGGGUGCAGCAAGAAUAUUUUUUAAUGUGUGCACGUGUGUGUGUGUUUAGUGUUAUCCUUAAGGUUUGUGAUGGUGCUUAGCCUGUGUAGUGUUUUAGUAGAGACUUUAAACUGCCUUUAAUAUUGUUGAGUCUCAUUCUCUCCUUGUCAUGGAUGUACACAGGGAUGAGAUGGAACAUUUUAAGUUCACUAUCCAUUCUAAAUAAUAAUAGAGACCAUUUUAGGGUACAAACGCUUGAGGUGUUUCUAUGGGCACUUCACCCAGCCUGAUAUUGCACCACAUAUUUCAAACAGUAGCAAAUGUAUGGUAUGAUGUGGAGAAUGAAUUACGAACUAUGAAGGGAAAAUAAUGUCUUUUGAAGCAAGUCCCACAGUAUGUGUUAAUAAUUUGUAUGUCAGUUGGUAAUCUUAAUUGAUAUUUUUAUGUUCUCCACCACAUGUUCUGAUCUGGACUGGUUCAGAUAAAGGUGGACACUUGUCAGUGAGUACAUUACAAAGAAAGUACAAGGUUUAAUGCCUUUGUACUGAGGAAGUACUGAUUUUGUCUUUAACAUUUAAAGCUCUGCUGGCAUAUUCAUGUUAUCACGCUACCUGUUGAAACCAGGAAUGUAACCACUUGUAGUUGACCGAUAAGGGUUUUUCAAUGGCUGAUACCAAUAUCUAGAGAGCAGGAUGACCAAUAUAAAUGCAGAUAUACCUAAUACAAUUAGAAAACACCAAAUCAGAUGUUCACAAAAUUUCUAAAACGAACACAUGCAAUAUUUACUCAAAUUUGCAUGAAAAGAAAACAGUUUUGACCAUCUGUUUAUAAAUCUACUGGUAGAUUUGGAAACUGGCACAAGGGAAAUUUAACACUGCUAUUAAUUGGCCAGGCAAGCACAGUUAUCGGCUGAUGCUGAUAAUCACAAAGUGAACAAAUAUCGGCAGAUAUACCAGCCUAUCACUAGUAACCACUAAUGCAUUGAAGGGAUGUCAUCCUCCCCUUAUUAAAAGUAGAGGUUGAUCAGUUGGGGUUUUUAAAAGACCAAUUUCCCCCCAAUUUUGAAUAUUUGUUAAAUUCUUGACAGAAAUGUGUCAUUUUCAAGUUUUUUUCUUGACAAUAAUACUCUCUGCUGUUAUGCAUAGUUAUGUAUUGUAACUAUUUUUUGAUGAUUUAAAAAAAGGUUAAUGACCUGGUAAAAGAUGUGCACUUGUUUAACAGUCCUGUCAAACAUUUUGCCUAUUUGGUAAAAAUAAAGUUUGUUUGCUUUCUUUA